AUGGCAACUAGUUGGAAAGGAGAUGUUUCAGAUAUCAUCUCUAAAGGGCCCCGCUCCAAACACCGCAGAAAUGGCUCCAAACGACCGCGGAAGCAAAACAUCAACCUACUCCAACGAGGCAUAGCAAACUUCCUAACGACACACCUCCCGCCAUCCAUCCUCGAGCAACAUGAGCUUUCCCUCGAAAAUCCGGAAACACCACUCCCAAAAAGGUACACCAUCUACGAGCCUAUGCUCCUGCUUCCAUUGAAUGCAUUCACACAUCCACCAGCAUGGGGUUCCCUCUACUCAAGCCUUGACAAUGAUCAACGACAAGCACUAUACGCCUGCAUUGCAAACGCCUUCACCCGUUUCGGCGUCACGCACAUCGCCAUGAAUGCGCCGAUCGUGCCUCUGCAUUCGCAAGGACAGGAGAACAGAAUGCGGAGUCCUGUCGGCCUCGUCCCACUCUAUGGAGAUUUCGGCGCCCGCGCCCCCGUAAUUGGGGACGGCGAGAGUGCGCAGCCAUCUGCGGCAGACUACGAGCGGGCGUUUUGGGUCCGCACUGUACAGAACCAUGAUAUCGUGCAGAUCUGGGCGCCCCUGUAUACAAUGUUCUCGAGGGGAAAUAUCAAGGAGAAAGCGAGGAUUUUGGGGCACGGGUCGGUGUUUGAGGGGUUGGAUGAGGGGACGCUGGGUGGUGGAAAGGCUGGAGAUGUCGCAGUCGUUGACAUGUAUGCCGGGAUUGGUUACUUUGUCUUUUCGUACCUGAAGAGAGGGGUGAAGAGAGUUUGGGGGUGGGAGCUCAACGGAUGGUCUGUCGAGGGGUUACGGAGGGGCUGUGUUGAGAAUGGAUGGGGGUGUAGAGUUUUCAGAGUCUCAGAGGAUGGGAAGGUAAGCACUCCAAUCUCUGAGCUGGUGGAAUCACUUCGUAAUACGGAUCGGGUCGUUGUGUUCCAUGGAGAUAACAGGUUUGCGGCGGAUAUCAUGAGUGAAGUACAAAAUUUCAUGGAGGAGCGACGGGAAUGGACCAGCAUCCGGCACGUCAACCUGGGCCUUCUGCCGACUUCUAGCUUGUCAUGGGAUAACGCCUGCAACAUCAUCGACAAGCGCCAGGGUGGUUGGGUCCACGUACAUGAGAAUGUAGAUGUUCAGUGCAUUGAUGCAAAGCGGGACGAAAUUGUCGCCGGCAUUGGGAGAUCGUGGGCCGAGCCUAUCUCUCAAUAUACUACCAACCAGCCAAACACCGAGUGUCGGCACAUUGAACAGGUCAAAACAUACGCUCCAGGUGUGAUGCACUGUGUGUUUGACGUCAAAUUAUCAUCCUAG